CAGAGAAAGCUCAGGAUGCAGGGGUCACUCAGCAGGCAGUUCUGUCAGCCUCUCUGUCUGUCUGAGACACCUGAAGGGUUGCAUCCGGGGGAACAUAGGGGCCUACAUGGUGCCUGCAAGGAAGGAGAGUGAAACGGCAUCCCUGAACAGCUGCCUCUGGCUCAUGUCAGACUCAGUCACACAGGGCACACACAAGGUAGCAUGGAAGAAGGCAACAUGGCUAGGGUUUAAGGUGGGCCUGGGUGUGCAGGGCUAAGUUUAGGUGUAGGGAUAGAGAUGUCAUUCAAGUGUAAGGACUCAGAUUGCAAAGCUGAGGUGUUGCCUGUACCCAGACAUCCCUUGGAGCAGUGGAAUGGGACACACCUAUGUAACUGUGUCUAAGUGUGUACCUGAGGAAUGGGAAGGGACCUAGAAACAUUUAAGAAAGUCCUGUGUGAAGAGGGGACAGUAAAGGGACCCCCAGGAAAUGACCUCACUUCCUUCACUAUGACCCAACAAUGCAAAAUCCUGAUGACCAGGCAGCCAACUGCUUACACACAGCCCAGCAGGCUCACUUGUCCAAGAGCUUAGAGAGAGCAGGAUGUUCUCUUGUUGUCCUUGGACUACUGAAGGCUCAGGCCUGAAGAAAGAUAAAAAUGAAGGUCAGGGAGGGACCUUGAAAUUCAUGAUUCUUUCCUGCCUGCAAUGUCUCUGGCCAUUUGCCCAGAAGGAAACAGACUUGACCCAGGACAACCAGACCCAGGACUACGCAGACGAGGGUGAGCAUGAGUGUGCCCCAAAGGUCGUGACGGAGCCCUGUAGAGAGUCCCCCAUCAGUGCAGACAUGGUGGAAAACAUGGUGAACCAACUGGUACCAUCUCUGCAGGGUGGGGACCCCUUGUUUGCCCCUUCCUUCCUGUACGCAUACCGACAGUUCACCACCACACAGCAUGUGCUGGAUCUGCUGUUGAAGCGUUUUGCCUACUUCCGCCUGGAUUGUGAAGAGGACGAACAAAUAAAGAGCGUUCUCUGUUCUUUCCUGGACUCAUGGAUAGACAUAUACCCUGAGGAGUUUUGUCAGACAGGAAACCUGUCCAUUCUGAAAAAACUGAAGGCCUACUUGACUGUGAACAUGCCCUCCUCCAAUCUGAAUCUCCGCGUCCAUAUGCUUCUUGAGGAGUUGCAGGAAGACGCCAGUGAGUCAGAGAGAGAUGAUGAGGACUCAGAUCUGGGGAGCCAUACAUCUGAAGAUUCAGAGAUUGAAGUGUUGUUUCCAUCAGUGAAAAUGCAGCCAAAACCAACUUGUGCACCAGAGUCUGAGAGCCCAAAACCCAACAGGGAGCUCUGCUCUGGGAACCAGAUGUAACAUCAGCAGUCCAGCCAGCACAGCCGGUAGCAGCUGUGCUCACCGUUUCAGCAGAUACAGUGGCCUUUCACACAUCCCCCGUUGUACCUCCUUAGAGAAUGACCCUGUCACCCCCAUCACCAAUAGGGGCCUAUUUAGUCAAAGAGCACCAGUCUUUAUCCCAAGAGAAUCAUUCCCCUAUUUCAGUUAUUACAGAUCUCCUUCCCCUGUGAUCAGCCCCAACCUUCCCCUUAAAAAUAGCCCUUUUACUCCUGUGGGUUUUUUUUUUAAUGUUUCAUUUUCUUUGAGUAUUGGUUUUAAUAAAUUGUUAGCAUUUGUUUAUUCCCUAAA